AUGCCAUCUGGCCAGGAGUCCUCCUCAAUCGCAAGCUCUAGAGAUUCAUCUCCCUACGAGAAAGUCCCUCGUGAAAUCCAGGAAUAUCCGCUGGAAAUCCUCGACCAUGAAGAGAGUUCUGAGAACAGCCACUUUACGCCGGUAGCUCGCGGGAGCGCCGAGUCGGCACGAGCCGGCCAGGGACACUGCAUAAGGGAACCACUCUUGCCAGUCCACGAGCAUCAACAACAUCCCAGAUCCUCAAGUCGAUUUUCAUGUUCCGCAUCUGCGAUCUGGUCAUGGGUCCAGGGGCCUUCGCCACCUCGUAAAUAUCAGAUCACCCCUUUGCUGCCCCGCUGGCAGACGGCGCCGGGCCGUCUGGUGGAGAGAUUCUUCCCCAGUACUAUCGGCAAGGUCUUGCUUCUUCUGUCUUGUCUGGCUUUCUGGGGAGUGGUUUUCAUAGUGUCGUUACAUUCUGCAACUGCCAGCUCGGACAUUUCGGGUUAUGGGGAUCCCGUCAAGCUAUCGUGUCACAGUCGACUAUGGUCCAAUGCCACCGACUGUGGUCUAAACGGCGACACAUGUCGUCCGUUCGAUGACGGCGCAUUUGCGUUCCGCUGCCCUGCGAGUUGUUCGUCAGCAAUGGUUCUCGAACCAUACUUCAUUGGCCCGCAGGAGAUCAAUUACCGGACUCUAGUCAUCGGUGGUGGGCUCAGAGGAGGAAAUGGCAGCGACCACGGCGUGUACCGCGGUGACUCUGCCAUUUGUCCUGCUGCGCUACAUGCGGGACUCAUUAGUGAUGCGAAAGGCGGCUGCGGGGUCCUCCGUCGGACGGGUGAACAGUCCAAUUUUCCAUCUGUGGAAAGAAACGGCAUCUCAAGCAUUGCAUUUCCUUCUAAUUUUCCCUUGUCCUUCACCUUUGACGGGGAGGGGCCCACAGACGACGGUGGCCUUGACUGCCAGGACAUCCGUUGGCCGCUGUUCGCCUUCUCCGUGGUAGUCUCAGUAUUGCUCUCACUUUUCAUCACUUCUCCGGCGGCAUUCUACGCUUCAAUGUUCGUCGUCGUCUACUUCCAAGUUGCCCUUUCGUCCGAUCCCCCCUAUUCUCCAAAUUACUACGAGCUCGUCUCCAUCGCCCUAGGCAGAUUCCUCCCCUGCGCCUUCGUCGGCUUCGCCUUGUACUAUUUCUGCGUCCGGCACACCCUAAAAGAUCUAGACGCCCACUGGGAUAAGACCAUCCUCUGGCUGGGGCCUUGCUGGGUCGGCGCCCUCAACACCGACACCUUCGACAAGAUCCCCAUAUCCCGCCUCACGCCCCACGAUAUCCAGCAGCAGCCCGGCGCCAUACCUGCCCUAAUCAUCAUCGUCGCCCUCCUAUGCACAAUCGCAAUCACGCAGGCCAUUGCCUUCCGCAAUGAAGGCCGUCUCCCCAAAAUGCUCGCCGUCUACGGCGUCAUGGCCGCCGCCGUUCUCGCGCUCCUCGUUGUGCCGCACAUGAAUCUCCGCAUCCACCACUACAUCCUCAGCUUGCUCUUCCUCCCCGGGACGACCCUGCAGACCCGUCCGAGUCUGUUGUACUCCGGGCUCCUGAUGGGACUGUUCAUCAACGGAAUCGCCCGCUGGGGGUUCGAUAGUAUUCUUCAGACGCCUGCCGCGCUGCUCGACGGUGCGGAGUUGGGAAGUGCGCUUCCGCAGAUCGGUGCCCCUCUGGUUGUUUCUGCGCACGAGCUCGUCUUCUCUUUUCUGAAUUUGACGGACGAGGCGGAUGGAAUGAGUGUGCUUGUCAACGACGUGGAGAGGUUCCAUGCUUUCCGGUCAGGCGAUGGGUCAGUAGAAUCAUUCAAUUGGACGAGACAUAGGGCGGAGGAACCUGAAUAUUUCCGCUUCGGGUAUAUCAAAGUGAAUGCGCUGGGUGGAGUGUGGUACGAAGAUUUUACCAAGCCGGUUGUUUGGGACGUUGAUGGGAGUUGGAAUCGCUCGGCUCCCACUUAA